GAGGGCUGUACCACAGGGAUGGCCCUAAGGAUGCUCUGGGCUGGACAGGCCAGGAGAACGCUAGGAGGCUGGGGGAUCAUCUGCUUGGUGGUGCCUCUGCUCCUGCAGUACCCAGGAGUCCACAGCAAGUGUUACUUCCAAGCUCAAGCUCCCUGUCGUUAUGAGGGGAAACAUUUCACCCUGGGUGAGUCUUGGCUCCGCAAGGACUGUUUCCAUUGCACCUGUCUGCAUCCUGUCGGUGUGGGCUGCUGUGACACGUCUCAGCACCCCAUUGACUUCCCUGCUGGGUGUGAGGUUCGUCAGGAGGCAGGAACCUGCCAGUUUUCCUUGGUGCAAAAAUCUGACCCUCAGCUGCCCUGCAAAGGUGGAGGGCCCGACCUAGAGUGGGGCUCAGCUAACACCCAUGUUCCUGGGGCUCCUGCUCCCCACUCCAGCUAGACUCACCUGAUCACCCAUCUGCUGACUGCUCACUGCUGCUGCCCCUUCCAGAGAAACCACUAGCAGCUGCCCAUUUAUUCCAAAUAAAUAAAUUAAUGCUACAGCUGAAA